AUGAGUGGCUCCCUCCGGAACAAGCAGGGGUGCUGGACCUGCCGCGUGCGCAGGAAGAAAUGCGAUGGGGCUCACCCUAAGUGCUCGACUUGCGAGUCGCUUUCGAUUACUUGCUACGGAUACGGCCCAAAACCAGACUGGGUUGAUCAUGGCGAAAAAGAAAAAUCUAUUGUGAACGAACUCAAACAGACCGUGAGGCAUACCUCAAGGCGGAAAAUUGCAGGCAAAAUUUUAAAGAAUCCUGCUCACUUGAUGAAGAUAGCCCCGAAGAGCUCUAAUGAGUCCUCUUCUUCUUCUUCGAGUCCGAGGUCAAACCUCCAUCCACAGUCAUCGGAUCAUGCCUCAUCUCCAGACGAUGGAGCUAACUCGCUACCGGACAGGCCAUCUUCUUAUCCACAGCCCCAUGAUCAAAAUGAUGAUCUAGUUCUAUAUCCUAUCUCACCAGACGAAUCUAUGUCCUUGAUGCAUUAUCUCGACAAUGUAUUUCGCCUGCAGUAUCCCAUGUACAAGCCCAACACUCCCAUGGGAGGCCGAGGAUGGCUACUGGCUCUUUUGCUUCGAACAAAGCCCCUAUAUCAUGCAUCACUAGCUUUUAGCUCUUAUCAUCGCCGGAAAAUUACCCUUACAACCCUCCGUGACCAUCCGUGCUGGGUGGCUAUCUUGGUCGAGCAAGAGAAACAUCUUGCAAUUUGCCUCAAUGAAUUCCAACAGUUGCUGAAAUCAAUUAACAAGUCUAUUCAGACACCCUGCCCGAGCCAAGCACUUGGAGUGCUAGCUUUAGUUGUUCAGUUAAGCUUUUUCGAGCUUAUUACAGGCCAGGGUAGCGAAUGGAAGAUUCAUCUUCGAGCAGCUACGAACCUGUGCCGAAGAGAAUUUCGAGAGGGUUUAAUCAAUUUGGGCCUGAGUGACAGGUCUAAGGAUAUCCUCGCUGGUAGCCAUUUUACUGUGCAGGAUGGAGCAUCUGUUAUAGAACAGAUCACGAUAUUUACUUUCUUCGCCGGCACAACAAUAUGGCUUGACAUUAUAUCUGCAAUUACGAUGGGAACAUCGCCACAGUUACUGGCUCACCAUUCCCAGUAUAUUUCUUCGGCAUCUUUUCCCAUCAAACUCGAGGAUGUAAUGGGCUGUAGAAAUUGGGUGAUGCUCCAGAUCGGUCGCAUUGCAGCAUUUCAUGAAAGAAAAAUACAAGCCCUGAAAGAAGAAGACUUGGCAAGUCUUAAGUUUGAAGAAACUGUGGGUGACAUUACUAGAGAACUUCAGGCUGGCCUUGCCCAUACAGCUUUGGAAGGUCUCAACUUUUCGGACGGUGUCAAUGAUGAUAUUUCAGUGCCUUCGACAAUUCCAUUGAACUCGGACACUCUGGUCACGCAUAUGUUUGGUAAUAUGGCGACGAUUUACCUUCAUCUGGUUGCUUAUGGUUUUCAAAAUCUGGAUUCGUUAAACACCACCAUUUGUGCAACCAUGGGAUUGCUUCACACUCAAAUUCCUAGCAAUCUUCUACCGGCCUUGGUAUGCCCUCUGUAUGUGAUAGGAUCUGUGGCAAGACAUGAAGAAGAGAAAACAUUUUUCCGACACAUUUUCUCGUCUGCCCCAGUACUGGAUCCUUUAUUUGAGCAUCGAUCGAAAAUAUUGCCAGCUUUAGAGGAAAUAUGGCGACGAAGACAAUCGAAAACUGACUUUACAUGGGAUCAAACUCUUGCAUUAGUCGACAAUAUUCUGCUUCUUUGA